AUGGAGAAAUUUACCGAAUGGCGAGACCAGGGAACUGGAGUUCCUCCUUUUCUUCCUGCGAUGCCUUCUCUUUCUCAAGAGAAAGGUUUCCGAGGUUUUUAUCAUAAUUGCGUGGCACUUGGAAGAUUAACUAUUGCAUCGCCGUUUUUAAUCUUGGCUGUAAUUGUCGGGAUAAAUCGGAUUUCAAAGUCGCUGGUGAAGUUUGGGCUUGUGAUCUUGUGCAAUUGGAAUUUGCAGGUUAGUAUACAGGGCGUGAGACGCACGGAACAGCGCAGUGUUCAUAUGCCUCAGAAAAAUCACAUGUACAUGGUAAAUUACAGUUCUCCGCUGGAUUGCGUCGCCUUGUGGUUUCUAGCGGAUGGACCAGUGAAAUUCUGUAUUGCUAGUGAUGUGCAGGGCAGUUCGUUGGUUGAACUUGGUAUUUGGCAAUUUUUCAAGUUUACGCUACAGGGUUCUCUGCCUGAGGGUUCCGAUUUUGGGCGGAAAGUGACCAAAUUUAGCAAUUUGCAAGAUAAAGUUGUAUUUGUGUUUCCUGAGGGGACAUGUUCCAACGGUAAGAGUGUACUUGGUUUGGUUUUGAAUCAACAAUCUCUGGAUCAGUUUCUCGACGAAAACGACGACGCAAGAGAAAUUGGCGUGUCAACUGGAGCCAAACACACCAAAUCAUCGGUCCCAGUUGCCAGAAAAAAAGUGCAGACUAUACAGUUGAAAAUAAAGAGUACUUUGGCAACGCCUUUGAGCCUCGGUUUGUGGAAGUAUUUGGUCAGAAUGACGACUCAGGGCGUGACUUACAAAUGCAAAAUAAGCGAACCAAUCCCCGCUGACCUAGACGAUAUCAGAGUAUCACUUGCCGGCGGCGACAAAUUUAAGCUCGUGAACCGAAAAUUGAAUUUGAGGUCGAAAAGGGCGUUUGUAAAGGCAUAUGGCGAGCGGAGACGUUGA